AAUUUUAUUUCUUUUUCAUUGCAAACUGAAUAUAAGUGUGACCUUUGACAGUAUAUAAGUGUGACCUUUGGUAUGCAGCUUUUCUUCUGCAGACGAUAACUGAUCAAGGAAGCACGGAAUAUUCUUCUGUCUGUCUGCAUAUAAAAAAUAGAACCCUACGAACAUGAUUGUGAAAACAACAAUUUUCUUAAUUUACCAUUUCGUGAUCUAGAAUUACAACUCUUGCAGCAAAGAACAUAGGAAAAAGUAUAAUGGGAUAUAAUUGAUUAUGUAAAGUUUACAUCUGGUAAUGUCUUCAAAAGAGAAUUUAUGAUAUCAGUUGUGCUUACGGUUUAUUUAUUAGUAUUUAUUCACAUAAAUACUAAUAUAUCUUCUGAUAUUGUUUGAUUAUUUCUCGAAAUAAAAAUGCUUGAUGCUGGGAAUCAUAGGAGAUUGUUUUAUCUAUAGCAUUUCGAUGAUCCACAUCAUUGAAAUAACGGACGGUUUUCAUUGGUGAAUAAUAUCCCUGCCUCGUUGCCAUAGUAUUUAACGCGACAACGCUAAGCAGAAUUCUAACAGAAAACUUGCUUCCGCAUUUCUUUGUACCUCAUUUAUCUGCCAAAUUAUUUUCCUACAACUGAUAGGAGAGAGAAUCAAGAUGAGCAGCGACCCACAGCCUGAUAUGCCCGAGGGGUACCUUGGUGCCCAGGAGCGAUUUAAUGAACUUGGACUUAGCAUUUUGUCACACCCUGACCCUGUAGUUAUCGCAAGGGACAAUCAUUUUGAACUGAAACUAAAAUACCGAGGACCUAUCAAAGUUACACAUCAACUGCAAUGCUGCAAGGAUGAAAAGGACUAUUCUGAAUAUGUCUUUACCCAGCUUAAAGAUGGGAACGUGCAGUUCUUGAUUCAUUUUCCGCUACCCGGCUGGUACAAGCUACAAGUCUAUGCUCUUCCACUGUCGGACCCCAGCAAGUCAUUGCCAAAUGUGUACAAUUAUCUUCUUCAUUGUACAAAGGCAUUAAAUGCCGCUUUUCCAUUUCCAAAGCAGUAUGUGCAGUGGAAGGAUGGCUGUUACCUCCAUGAGCCGCUGAAUCUUUGCGAGUCCACUAGACUAACGCACGUCAAAUGGCGUGUACUGGUUCCACAUGCAAAACAAGUGGCGGUGGUCGUUGACGAGGAAUGGCAUCAUUUGGAAAACAAAGGAGGCCCUAUUUUUGAAGGAUCAUGUAAUCUUAACCAAUAUCGAGGAAAGGACAAAAAAGUUACACUCAACGCAAAUUUCGGGGACGAUGACAGCAAAUAUUCCACUUUGUUAGAGUACCAUAUCAAGUAGACAGUUGAUGUUCAACGAAAAACCUAGUAUACAUAUUGAGAAACAAACUAGUUUGCUUUAUUUAUAUAUAUAAAUAGAUGGAUACAUACUCGUAUAUAUUUGGAGUGCAGUGUUUCAAAAGCUAGCGGAUAUACUGAUCAUCACAGCUCUAAGAAGCCUGCUUUAUACAAUUCCUGUUUCUACAGAAAAUGUUAGACGCAAUGCUUUAAUGAAUGCUGCAGAAGAAAAUUCAAGUUUCAUCCGCUAUCGUUUAUGUACAUAUAACUAGUAGCUGCAAUAAAUGAUAAAUGUGUU